GUAAGCUUUUUAAUAUCACUACCAUUGGAUUCCCUGAAUCAAGUCUGUGUUUCUUCCAUGCAAAGUAUUUACAGAUGGAAAAGGAAAACUCUUGAGGGUUAUUGUGCAAUACCUGUGCAGUGAAUCUGGACCACAUGAUGUAAGUUAGACAAAUCACAUGAAGAUGAAACAGUUAGAAAGGCCAGGAAGGAAGAGGACAUGGAUGGUUCCACGGACAUUUCUAAGAUAAAAUCAGGAAUGGAAGAGGUAGUAAUGAUGCCAGUGGGAAAUAGACCAGCGUACAACAGCAAUGCCAACCCACCAGAGCUCAAGUUUCAACUUUUAAAGACGAGUAAUCUUCCUAACACCUCUAUUGAUUUGAGCGAGGCUAAGCCCCCUGUUGAUAUUCUGUUAUUCACUGUGGAGGACUGUGAGUUCUUAAGCUGCUUUUCCCACCUGGAGGAACCCUUUAGGAGUUACCACAAAGAUAUUGGCUUUGUGUACGUUGGGUACAUUGAGAAAAUGAAAAUUGCGUUGAUGAGGUGUUCCAAAGGUCCUGAUGUUCCUAGGGGCUCUUUGUCUACUGCAAAAGAUGCCAUCUUGCUAUUGAGACCCAAGGCUACUAUCUCCGUUGGUGCCUGUAGUGGUUUGGACAACGGAAAGGUCAAGCUAGGAGAUGUGGUUAUUUCAUCACUGCUGAUAACAGCUGACCAUAAAAUCCCCCCCAGUACUAAUUUUAUGAAAUUGAUAAAAGGUAUGGCCGAUGGGUGGAAGGCACCUUUGCAAAAUGCUGAUGAAUAUGUCAAAGUGCAUUGUGAUGGAGUGGUUCUGAGUGUACCAAAGGCAAACGAGCACAUAAUUCGUCAACAUCCUGAUGCAUUUGCAGUUGAAACGGAAGGUGGAGGCCUUUUCACCGCAUCUUUUGAUUUUAAAAUGGAAUGGCUUGUGGUCAGAGGCAUCAAAGACAUUAGAGGUAAAAAGCAGUUUUCAAAUGAGGAGAAGUGGAAGGAGGUUGCUUGUGUGAUGGCGGCAUCUCUUGUGGCCCACAAUUUGAGGGAUUCGAUCCCGUUCAAAGAUUGGCCUAACCUUGAUGCAGAAACGUCGAGACUUACACCAUUGACGAACAUGUCGACUACUCCAAUGUACUGGACGAAAGAUCACGAUUUACUUUUAGUAAGAGAAGUGCUAAUUGUUGAUCCGUAUAGCCAGCCGAAGGGAAGUAGGGAGAGAGCGAGACUGUGGGAAGAAAUUGCCUCAAACCUGAGUGCAGUGUCUGAGCCCCGUUUCUCAGUUUCUUUGAGGUCUGUGAGAGACCGUGUAAACCUGGUUCUAAUAAAGAAACACA